UGUAGAGUCAGUGGUUAGGGUUUUUGGCACGCGAGGGCGCCCGUGCCUGUCGCGGUCGUGGAGCUCCUAGGAGCUGUAGAUCUUGACGCAUUUCUCUCGAUCGAUCUCUCGAUCUGUCCAUCUCCAGCUCCCGCGGCGUAUGCAACUGCGAGCGCCGACCGACGGCGGUGAGCGAUGCUUUCGAAUGAGAAGGCGUCUGUGACGAAAGAGCAGAACGAGCGGCACAAGAAGAUCCUAGAGGGACUGCUGAAGCUGCCAGAGAAUAGGGAAUGCGCUGAUUGUAGAAGCAAGGGUCCGAGAUGGGCUAGCGUCAAUUUGGGAAUUUUUUUGUGCAUACAAUGCUCUGGAAUUCAUCGGAGCCUCGGAGUUCACAUAUCAAAGAUACGAUCCGCGACGCUGGAUACAUGGCUGCCCGAGCAAGUUUUAGUAAUGCAAGAAACGGGUAAUGCGAGAGCCAACAGCCACUGGGAAGCGGAACUGCCACCCAACUAUCGUCGUCCGACGGAAAACGAUCGAAUUGGCCUCGAGAAUUUCAUCAGAGCAAAAUACGAUGCGAAGAGGUGGAUUCCAAGGACUAAGCCGUCUAAAUCACCGGAGAGGCACGCAACCAGCGAAGAUCGUGCGAGGCAGCUGAAAGCUGAUACGACGCAUAGAAAAGCUGAUGGCAGUAAGACACCGCCAAGAGACAAGCGAGUGGCUACUGAUAACACGGAUGUGCCUGAAGAGCCUCGGCGUUCUUCAGCGGAUUCUUCAGGGAAGACACCGAAUGCGAACUCGAGGGAAAAUGUGAAGACUCCUGAGAAGCCUCACGUUCCACAAGCAGCAGAGAAGCCAGCUCCUCCGAAAGUUGAUCACGCGGCGGACCUCUUCAGCCUUCUAACAGUCGCUACUCCUGAGACGGAAACGCCAUCGGGAUCCGACGAGAACUUGUGGGCGGCUUUUCAAGCUGCCGAUACUUCCACUACAGCCCCAGAUGCCACAGCUCCUGCGACAGCUGUUACUGCCACACCUGAUCAAACAGAAAAGAACUCAUCUACUGUGAAGUCUGUCACGUCCGGGCUCGAAGAUUUGUUCGCAGCGUCCCCGAUAAUCACAGCAAAGCCAGAAGCGCCUCCAAAGGAUGUGAAGAAAGACAUCCUUAGCCUUUUCGACAAGACACGUAUGACAUCUCCUUUCACUCUCCACCAGCAGCAAAUGGCGGCACUGCAGCAGUCGAUGCUUGCCGCGUCUCAAAUGCCGCGGCCGGCAUAUCCCAUACCUCAUCAGCCUCUAGGAAACAAUACCACCAUACCAAGCAGCGCAAGCAAAGAGGCUGAGAAUGGACACCUCCAUCUCUUGGGCGGUCUCCAGUUCCCCGCUGGACCUCCAAACGGUGCCUUGCUGCAAAAUGGCACGGCACCACAGCAACCAGCAUACCAAGGAUAUGGGAACCAAACAAGCUCGCAAUCGUUCUCGGCUCCAGUGAUGUCUUCCUCCUCGUAUCCAAACGGUGCGAAUCACCAGCACCAUGGCGGCGGCUCCUCCAGAUCGAGCAGCGGCAGCAAGCAGCAGCCGCUCGUCACUCCAUCGUCUGGCGCGAGUUUUGAUUUCUCGUCUCUCGCCAAUGACGCAUUCUUCAAGCGCUAAGAGUUUGUACUUUUUUAUCUCUCCUCUAUAGUUACUACUGAUUUUGAUUUUUAACACAAAGAACAAUAAAGAUUCUGUAGUAUAUUCUUUUGGCGGGAA